AUGAAUGUUCUCUCAAGACUCCUUAACUUGGUUGCUGCAAAAGGUACUUUUGGUUACCAUCCUAAAUGCAAAAGAAUUGGGCUUACUCACCUCUCUUUUGCUGAUGACCUUUUAAUUUUCUGCAAAGGCUUUGUGAAUUCUAUUAUUGGUGUUACUUCUGUCUUGGACUUAUUUUAUGAAAUGUCUAGCCUGAGAUUAAAUGCUUCUAAAUGUGAACUGUUUGUUGCUGGUGUUCCCAUUGCUGAUCUUGAGGAAAUUAAGUUGCUUACUGGUUUUAAUCUUAGUAGCCUCCCUGUUCGAUACCUUGGUAUUCCCUUGGUCACUAGAAAGAUUUCUGAAAAGGAUUGCACUUCCCUCAUUGAUAAUAUCAAGGCUAGGCUCCAUUUCUGGUCUGCUUGUUCAAGAUUAUGGGCUGACAAAUCAGCAGUUGGAGCAAGAGUGAGUUGGCAAAAAAUAUGUUUAUCUAAGUCUGAAGGUGGUAUCGGUCUUAAAGACUUAAAGACCUGGAAUAAAGCAAACAUGAUGUUGCUCAUUAAAAGCAUUCUGGCAGGCGAUGGAUCUUUGUGGGUGGCAUGGCUUCGAAGCUAUGUUUUCAAUGCUACUGAUUUUUGGACUGCUGAAAUCAAGCCAUCCAUGAGCUGGAGUUUAAGGCAACUUUUAAAAAUGAGAACCGAAGCCUUCCCUAUUUUGCUCUCUGGAACGAAGAAAACUAGUGACAUUUGGAAUGAGCUUAGAGUGAAGAAUACCAAAGUUCCAUGGCAAAAGCUCUUAUGGUUCCCUCUCCACAUCCCAAAGCACAUUUUAAUUGCUUGGAUGGCCUUCCUUGAUAAGCUGCCUACAAAGGAAAGAUUGCAUCAAAUGAGACUUAUCAAUGACUGCACGUGUAAUUUCUGUGGUGAUGUUAUGGAAAACCGAAACCAUUUGUUCUUUGAUUGCCCAACUGCUGCUUCUCUAUGGGCAGCAGUCUUCUCCCUUACUGGUCUGAAUGGUUUACAUAAUCACCUCUUGUCAUGGAAUGAUUUCUUAGCUUGGGCCUCUAUGUUUUGGAAAGGUAAAUCGUUGAUCACUUAUAUCUUGAAGAUUGCUUCCACCGCUCUAAUCUACAUCCUAUGGGAGGAAAGAAACAAAAGGAUCUUCAAAGAUAAAUCUAGGACUUUUGAAGAACUGCUACAAGCUAUUAAGGAAACAGUUGGUUUGCAACUAAGGGGUAGAAACCUUAAUAGAUUUGAUAGUGUUUUUACUAUUUGGGCAUCCAUGUGUGUUGAAGUAAGUACAAUCUUGGUGUUGAAUCUAAAGUUUUUAGUUGUUGGAUUGGAAGGAAAGAUUAUCGAAGAGUUCCAAAAGUGUCAUUUGGAGCAUCCCAUAGCCAAAUUCUUCGAUGAAUGUACAGAAUUAAAGAUAAAGCUUGAUCGCUGUUUCCGACAAGAAGUGAGUUAUUCUCAGCUCUGGGGAAAUAAAAGCUUGAAGAGGAAGGUCAAUUUUGAAGAGAGUAAGAAACUGAAAGAAAGGCUUCAGGCACUAAGAAGGGAAACUGCUGAAAAUGACUCCUGA